AUGCCCGGCCCAGAACGUAACCUGCCUGACUCGCUGAUUCUACGCCUCAGCACCAGCGCCAGCUAUUCUGCUCGACACAGCGAAUCAUUCCCUCGUUCCCUGGUUCCCCUUGUUCCCUGGUUCCCUCGUUCCCUCAUUCCCCCGUUCCUUCGUUCCCUGGUUCCCUCGUUCCCCUUGUUCCUUGGUUCCCUAGUUCCCUUAUUCCCCUGUUCCCUCGUUCCCCUCUUCCCUAGUUCCCUCGUUACGUUCCCCUGUUCCCUCGUUCCCCUGUUCCCUCGUUCCCCUUUUCCCUCGUUCCCCUGUUCCCUCGUUCCCCUGUUCCCUAGUUCCCUCGUUACGUUCCCCUGUUCCCUCGUUCCCCUGUUCCCUCGUUCCCCUGUUCCCUCAUUCCCUAGUUCCCUCGUUACGUUCCCCUGUUCCCUCGUUACGUUCCCCUGUUCCCUCGUUACGUUCCCCUGUUUGUUACGUUCCCCUGUUUGUUACGUUCCCCUGUUCCCUCGUUCCCCUGUUCCCUCGUUCCCCUGUUCCCUCGUUCCCCUGUUCCCUCGUUCCCCAGUUCCCUCGUUACGUUCCCCUGUUCCCUCGUUCCCCAGUUCCCUCGUUCCCCCGAGUUCCCCAGUUUCCGAGUUCCCCAGUUUCCGAGUUCCCCAGUUUCCGAGUUCCCCAGUUUCCGAGUUCCCCAGUUUCCGUUUCCGAGUUCCCCAGUUUCCGGUUCCGAGUUCCCCAGUUUCCGUUUCCGAGUUCCCCAGUUUCCGUUUCCGAGUUCCCCAGUUUCCGUUUCCGAGUUCCCCAGUUUCCGUUUCCGAGUUCCCCAGUUUCCGUUCCCGAGUUCCCCAGUUUCCGUUCCCGAGUUCCCCAGUUCCCCUGUUCCCUCGAUCCAUUCCCCUGUUCCUUUGAUCCAUUCCACGACGGCUCCUUUCUAAUUCCUCGAUUCUGUUGUUUCCUCAGUUCUUUUUUCAGUUCCCUCAAUCCCUGCAAGCGAGGCGGACCCCUGCGCCCGGCCAUACUAACGCGCUGAAUUCUUCAGUCGUCACUUCUCUCCGCCUGCUGGUUGAAGUCCCUCUAGUGUCCGCGUUCUUCGUCCGGGCGCCCCUGUCUGCUGUGAUGACCUUCGGUCCUGCCUGUUGCUCUUUUGGGGACUAAGCUGGACUCUCUCUACUUCAGGCUUCUCUUCUUUGAUUUCAGAACAAUCCUGUCUUCCAAGCUGCACGCGACAUCAUGCAGGACCCAUCAUCAGUUGCAGGCCCAUUAUUGGUUCCCACGUAAUGAACUGUGGAAGUGUGGAAAUCCAGGGAACUAACUCUUCAAACAAGAUCAGACUGUUUAACUCUGUCAAAUCAGUACUGCUGUACGGAGCAGAAAUUUGAAGGACAACAGUGCCAACAAUGAAGAGAGUGCAGACAUUCAUUAAUUCAUGUCUGCACAAUAUUCUCCAGAUCCACUGGCCAAACAUCAUCAGCAAUCAGGAUCUGUGGUAGAAACAAACCAACUUCCUACAAGAAGAAGAGUUCCAGAAAGGUGUUGGAGAUGGAUCGGACUCAGUCUUCGGAAGCCUGCCUCCAACAUCACUAAGCAAGCUCUGACCUGGAACCCAGGGAGAAAGAAGUAGAGGAAGGCCCAGAAACAUGUCGCGUAGGGAUCUGGAUGCGGACUUAAGCGGAUGUGGUACACCUGGAGUCAAGUAGGACAAAGGCCCAGGAUCGGGAUGCCUGGCGAAAUCUUGUUGAGGGCGUAUGCCCCAGAAGGGGCGAACGGACCUGACAAAGUAAAGAACAGACUUCAGGCCAAAAAAGGGACAAUCAGCCCACCUUAAACUUCAUGAGAUCAACCCCUAAUCUCAGCCGAUUGGCCUUCAACCCAGUUGGGAGCAAGUGUCAUACCCUAGACGUUAAUUUAGAUUUUCAUGGUUGUCACAUUCCCUUGUCAAGAGAAGAUAACUCACCUGGCCACAAACCUGUCGAACUCCCCAUUCAGUCAAACAUUAUACUGGUUUUCAAAUCGUAUCACGAGGACGAUGCUAACUCUGCAUGCCAUCUACUAUUAAGACUUUUCACUCAAACCACCCGAAACGCCGUUCAAGAUCUUAUGAAGUUAUGCUGAAGACCCCAGACUCUCACUUUCGCUUACCUCACUUUCAGUUCAGAUUCGGCUGCCGGUCCUCACACUUCGUCUUUUUUGGGGGGAUUUGGCUUGAGAACCGUCCCAAGCUGUUCUGAACUGUACCCCAAGUAUCAUCAUCACAGUUCCCCUCCCCGCAUGGUGUAGGCGGGGUUCAUUAUAGCAAAGUGUUGUUAAGAAUUAACAGAGUUUUGGGAUAUGAACCACGCCUCAAGUUCCCUAGCUCCUCCCCCUGGUCCUAUAUAUAUAUACCUCCCAGGUGCUCCUCACCUACGUGACUUUCGACCUCGCACCCGCCUCCACCCCAUCACCACCCUCAUCUUAAUCUCUUACCUAGCUGUGGGGGGGAUUUGGCUUGAGAACCGUCCCAAGCUGUUCUGAACUGUACCCCAAGUAUCAUCAUCACAGUUCCCCUCCCCGCAUGGUGUAGGCGGGGUUCAUUAUAGCAAAAGGGA